AUGAACCAAAAGUAAAAAGGUUUAAAGAACGGUCUUUUAGAAAAUUAUAAUGAAUUAGAUGAGAUGAUACAUAACUACCUAUUCACUAAUAAUUAGCAAUAGACACCAAUACUAACUUCAAAGACAGCUACUACAUUUUAAUUCUAAAACGAGUCUCGGUUUACUCGUACAAGCAGUAAAAAUCUACUCCUUUCAUAGAAUUAUGUGCCUUCAUAUGAUAAUGGUGUCAGCGAUGGGCUUAAAGUAGACUCAAUUACAGAAAAAGUAGUAAAAAAUUGGAAUAUCCAAAGCGUUAACUAAAAUGGUACUAAUUAAAUUUAUGAAGGUUAAUCAGAAAGCUAAAGCAAUAUGGGUUCAUCUUCGAAUCCUUCAUUUGUAGAAGAUAAAAUUAAGCGCACUAAAUAAAUUUAUAAUAAUCUUAAUAAUGUAGAAUAUAAUUUUUUGAACACAAAUACUACUAGUACAUGUAAUACUAAAGAAGAUAAUUAGCUAACAUCCAGUAAAAAACUUGAGGAUAAUAGGAUUAAUAAUUUUACUGCCCACCUUUCAGGUAAAUUGAGCGGAUAUGAUAACUCAAAUAUUUUAGAUAAUAAUACAACUAAUAAUACAACUUCUAUUAGAAGUAGCAAAAUCAACUCUACUCCAUCUAAUGCUAAUAAUACUACUGGUUAAAGUACUCCUAGCUAUGCUAUGGGAACAAUAGUUAGUAAUAAUAAAACAAAUUAGGCUCGUAGAUUUUCUCGUGUUAGACCAGUAACAGCAGCAAUAGGCAAAAAUAAUAAUAUUUUAGCUGAAAAAUAGGAAUAAUCUCAUAAUAUUGAACCUUAAAGGACAGCGACUACUACUAUGAAGCCUUGGUUAAGACAUGAAUUAUUUACAAAAAAACAGAAGGGAGAAUUAAUGAGUGAAUUUGAUGAAAAUAUGGCCUUGAAAAAAUAUGCAAAUGUAGAAAUUGAAUCAGAUGAUGAUGGAGAAAAUGAACACUCUAAAUCAAGAAAUUAGCUUAAUGAAUUCUCAGAAAAAAUAAAAAAAAGUAACAAGAGCAUUGAAAUAUAAAAAGAUUAAUCUUAAGAUGACUCUGUCAGAAGUUCGAAUUAAUAAAGAAGAAAAACAGAUGAAUUAGGAAAAGGAUUCUCAGGCUAUAACAAACUAUUAAGAAGUGAGUCAAAUAAAAUGGAUUAAAAUAUUUGUGAUAAUAUCAUUAAAGAUUGUGAAAAUAUUCUAAACAAAAUACAGAGAAGAGAUAAUUAGUUAUAUAGUUCAAUAAAAAAAGAAAAUUCUUCCUAUCAAAAUAAGGAUGUAUCUAAAGCUAAUUUAUCAGGACGUGGUUCUUCUUUAAAAAGUUCUUUAAAGGUAUAAAAUUCUAUCACUCGUCCUUAAAGCGUGAAGAGAAUACCUUCAAAUAAUAACCUGUUUGGUGGACCAGAGGACCUUUUUGAUGAAAAAAAUCAAAAUGGUAAUGAUGAUGACAUUUAAACACUCUAAAAAAUAGCUAACUAGCUCCUCAAAAAAAAAUUAGCUCUUAAAGAAAACAUAUCUGAAGCAGAAGAGAGUCCUUUAUUUUCUUCUAAAAAUAUUAAAAUUUCUAAAGGAUUUAGUUAACAAAUAGGCUAAAGAUAGUAUCCUCAUCGCUAAUAUUCUAAAGACAAGGAAGAUAGUUUAAAAUAAAAUGGUAACGAACUCAGCUAAAUUUAAGAGCUGCAAGAGCAAGAAGGUAUAUUCGGGGAAUAAAUUCUAAAAUAAACUCCAAAUAUAUAUAAAAAAAGUAACUCUCUUCCUCGUUCAUAAAGUUCAGCUAAGCAAAAUAAUAAAUAUGUUGAAAGUAGUACCAAAAUACCUCUAACUGAUACUAAGGAAAAAUUAACUUAAGAAGCUCUUAAAGUUACAACAACAAUUGCUAAGAAUAUUUAAAAAUUCAGUGGAAGUUUUUCGAAUGGUAAUUAAAAUACCAUACUAUAAAGACCAGAAUCGAAAAGAUUAUCAACAAGCGGAGCUAUCAUUAAUAUGAAUGCUGCUGCUACAGGUGCUAUUUCAUAAGUAGCAUUAAACUCAAAUGGAUUUUUAAUAAAUUCCCUAAAAAGAAACUCUGAAUAAAUUGAUAAGUCAGAAAAAACUGGUAAAGAAAACAUAAGAUCACUAGCUCAAACUAUGAAGAUAUAGUCUUUCACAAAUGAUUAGCAGAAAAAGAAAGAAGAUUAGUUGAAUAACUCAAACACAAACAAUAAUAAUGAAGAUAAAAAGUAAUAAUAAUAAGCAGCUGUUAACAAGAAUUCUCGCCCUGCAACAGCAGCUUUUACUAAAUAGGGAAGCUCAUUUAGUGAUACAAGCUCAAACAAUAAUUAAACCACUAACAAAUUAAUGGAAAGAUUUGAAAUAAAAGCCUGCAUUGGAAAAGGAUCAUAUGCUGUAGUAAAGCUUGCGAGAGAUACUCAUACUGAUAAGAAUGUAGCUAUAAAAAUGUAUGAUAAAUAUAAAUUAAUAGACCCUUAAAAGCGCAACAAUGUGAAAAGAGAAAUUGCCAUUUUAAAUAAACUUGAUCAUUCUAAUAUCAUUAAACUUUAUUAAACAAUUGAUACAAGAUCUUCUGUUAACCUUGUUAUGGAAUAUAUUUCAAGUUAAUCUUUAAGAUAAUUCAUGAAAGCACAAGAAGGAAGACAACUUGAAGAAAGAUAUGCAAGACUUAUAUUUAAAUAAUUAGUAAGUGCAGUGCAAUAUUGCCAUGAAUGGGAAGUAAUUCAUAGAGAUAUAAAAUUAGAAAAUGUUAUGCUAGAUAUCAGUAAUAAUCAUUAAAUAAAAUUAAUUGAUUUUGGAUUCGCUAUACGUAUCCCUUCUGAUAAAAAACUAAAUAUUUUUUGUGGUACUCCUAGCUAUAUGUCUCCUGAGAUCACUAAAAAGAGAGAAUACUUUGGUAAGCCAGCAGACGUUUGGAGUUUAGGAGUAGUUUUAUAUGCUCUUGUUUGUGGGAGAUUCCCUUUUAAAGGCAAAGAUGAUAAUGACUUAUUUAGAAAGAUAUAGAGUGGAGAUUUUAAAAUACCUGGAAAUGUAAGUUAAUCUGCAACAAGAUUAAUAAACAAAUUACUAAAGCUUAAUCCCGAAGAUAGACCAACUGCUAAAGAAAUUCUCUCAGACAGGUGGUUUAUGGAGUGA